CUCAGCGUGAUGACGUCUGUGGUUUACGUACGCACACGUAACCCGCAGUUGCGCAACCGUCCUGCACGUUGACAUUGGGACAGUAAGCGGACAGUAAGCGGACACAGGACACAGGACCGUCUCUGAGCUGAGCUGACUUCUCUUCCAGGGCAGGAUGGGAGCCUCCUUGUCCACACCUGCUGCUCCUACAGUCAGGGCAGAGGCCAUGAUGGCCGCCCCUCCUCAGGGCUGCCCCAUGCACCAAGAAGCCCAGCCUGUCAAAGUGUCUCCACCUGCAGAGUGUCCCAUGCAUCAAGCUCAGCCUGUAAAAGUGUCUCCUGCAGCGUCUCCUGCAGUGUCUCCUCCAUCAGAGUGUCCGAUGCAUCGACCAGAAGCAGGUCCAGCUCACCAGGACCGGGCCUAUGAGUUUGUGGAGUGUCCCAUGAAAGCUGCAGAAGGCAUGAAGAGUGACAUCGACCCAGCAAACAUGAUGCCUCCUCCUAACCAAACCCCAGCUCCAGACCAGCCCUUCGCCCUCGCCCUCGCCAGAGAGGAGUCCACCAUUCCCCGCCACAACGCAGAGAAGAAGUGGGUUUAUCCGUCUGAGCAGAUGUUCUGGAACGCCAUGCUGCGGAAAGGGUGGCGCUGGCGUGAAGACGACCUCGGUGCUCAAGAUAUGACCAACAUCAUCAAUAUCCACAACCAGAACAACGAGCAGGCCUGGCAGGAGAUCCUGAAAUGGGAGGCCCUGCACGCAGGUGAAUGUCCGUGUGGGCCGACCUUGAAGAGGUUUGGUGGUAAAGCCAAAGAGUUCUCCCCCAGGGCUCGCCUCCGCCACUGGAUGGGCUACGAGCUGCCUUUUGACCGCCACGACUGGAUCAUCGACCGCUGUGGGAAGGAGGUGCGCUACGUCAUCGACUACUACGACGGUGAAAUCAACAAAGAGAACUACCAGUUCUCCAUCCUGGACGUACGCCCCGCCUACGACUCUUUAGACGCCGUCUGGGACCGUAUGAAGGUGUCCUGGUGGCGCUGGACCUCCUAAAGGACUCGAGACACAUAAGCGCACACACACACACACACACACACACACACACACACACACACACACACAUACAUAUAGGUCACUGUGUGAAUUCAAACACAUGGACUGUGACACUGGCGUUCCUCAUUUCAGCUCUGUACAGGAUGUGUGGUGCUGUGAAAGAAACCAUAAACAGGACUCAUGAAGAAACAGAGCUUGACUCUGUUACUAUGUUAGUUGUAGCAGAAGCUCACUCCGUUAGGCUGCAUGAAGCUUCAUCUGCUCAUCGUACUGAUUUCAAUGGAAAAAUCUUGCUUUUGGGUUUGCAUUGCAAUUCGCAGGUCAACAUGUACAUCUAAGCUAGUGGAAGUGUUUGUCAGACAGGUCACAUGUGGCUCAGACUGCCUUCACUCUGCUCUCACUCCAACAGCCUGCCCACUGUAAGGAACAGGAGGAAUACUACUACUACUACUACUACUCGGUAGGGCUGUCGCAUUGAAGGAAUUCCCCCUGCAGUGACAAUGAUUGGCUCAACAGGGCGAUAUGCGGUGUUAUUGCAAUUUAUUUAUUUCGGUUAAAUGGUCCAACCAGGAGAUUAGAAACGGUUUAAAGUGUCUGCCACACAGUAUUUAUUAUUUUUGUAAUGUGACUGCCAUGGAAAUGAACUUUGAGAACUGUGGCUUACAUAUGUAAACAAAGCCCACACACUUACGAUUGUGUUUUUGCAGAAAUUAUCCGAAAAAAGUCUCCCAGUUAAUAACCUUCAGUAUGAGGAUGAUAUUCUCCAGCAGACUGAAGCGUGCUCAGAGCGGUGGGAAUGACUCCGGUGGCAGUUUGAGUUGAGAGCAGAGUGACGGGAUCCGUGCUUCUGGGGCACAGUGAUGAGUUUCAGUUUUGUCAGGGUAACCCUCGUUGGUUAGAUGGGUUUGACAGGUUACCAUGACGACUGGGUAGUGGGUUAUGGGUGUUAGUCUAGUUUGACCUACAUGAUAUAUAGCUAUAUUUUUUUAAGGAAGCAGGAUGGAUAUGAGCCUCGCUAUUAAACCCUUUCCUCCUCUUCUUCUUCUUGUUUUGCCGAGUCUGCCCUGACUUCUUCAGUUGGACGUCAGGUGCAGACGACAGUAGCUUGUUUGGAGGUUUGCAUACUGUAUCAUUGUUCUUGCAGCAUACUUCAUAUACUGUAUUACUUUCCUAUUUCAUAAUGGGUAUAAAAGCUCUAAAGUAAGUUUAAAGUGAAUUUAUAUCCUUGGGUUUAAAUCUUUGCUUAUAGUGUAAUUAUCUUAGUCAGAAUCCAGUUUCAGAUUUUGCUUUGUCAUUUUUGUUGCGUUGAUUUUUUCUGAUUUGUAUUUAUUGUUUGAUGAAUGAGUGUAGCCUUCUGUGGGAAUAAUCUUGAUGCUUUUGUUCCCAUUUUACUAGCUCUGGUAGUCAACUAAACUAUCAAUAAAGCUGGUCAUCUUCUGCCUCUCUA